AAAAGACCACAGUAUUUUAAGUUUAACCAUUUCUCCACAUUCACCAAUUUGCAACCUUAUCCCUUUAACCACAUUAUUGACAUAUAAUUCACACCCAAUAUAUAUACAUACACAUACACAUAUAUCUCUAUAAUUGUGUGAGUGGGAGAGAGAUGGGUUUCAGUGAGAAGCAAGAAGAACUAGUGAAGGAGUCAUGGGAGAUAAUGAAGGAAGACAUUCCUGCCCUCAGCAUCCAUUUCUUUACACAGAUACUGGAGAUAGCACCUGCUGCAAAGGGAUUGUUUUCUUUUCUGAAAGACACAGAUGAAAUUCCCCAAAAUAACCCCAAGCUCAAGGCCCAUGCUGUCAAAGUUUUCAAGAUGACAUGUGAGUCAGCAAUUCAACUGAGGGAGAAAGGAGAAGUUGUGGUUAAUGAUUCUACACUCAAAUAUUUGGGAUCUGUUCAUCUUCAAAAAGGAGUUGUUGGUCCUCACUUUGAGGUGGUGAAGGAGGGAUUGCUAAGGACAGUAGAGAAGGGAGUUGGAGAAAAAUGGAGUGAAGAAAUGAAGGGUGCUUGGGCUGAAGCUUAUGAUCAGUUGGCUGCUGCUCUUCAAGCUGAAAUGAACAAAGAGGCUGCAGAAAUCAACAACAACAAAGAGACUGCUGAAAAAGAUGUUGCUGCAGAAAUUCACUCUUAAUUCAUUUCAAGAAUCAUAAUAAUACAAAUUCCGGGAAUAAAAUAAGAACAAAGCAAAACUAUUGGGAAUCGAACCCAGACCCACAUGUGUAACGUCGAAAAGUCUAUUAAUAACAGUUAACAGUUUUGUUCUUUUAAUAUUUCAAAAACUGAAACGACUA